AAGAAAAGUUUCUUGCAAGUGGAUAAACAAUCUGGAUUUAAUCUGCUCCAGGCGGCUGUCUUAGAGGGAAAAUACGACAUUGUUCUAAAAGCUAAUGGCCUUCUUGAGAAUUUUUUAGAAGAGAUGGAACAUAGAAAAACGGGAAAUAACGCCGAAGGAUUUCCGGGGAAAACUGCGGUUGACAUCUUAUCAUUUGUGUUGGGAACAAAAUCAAGCCAUUAUAGUAUCGAAAGAUUUUAUAAAAAUUUGGCUGAGAACAACAGCAGACUGAAUGAGCUUCAGUGGGGUACAUGCAAUGACGAUGUGGAACAGGCGGUGGAGUUUGAAUUAAGUGACGGUGCAGAUAUUACUCAUAUUAAUGCCCGAGCGUCAGACAAUGAUUACACAGCUUUGUUGUGGGCGCUUGUUCAUCCUCGAGUCAGUUCAUUGAGACCCUCAGUGAUCUAGGGGCCAACGUUAAUGCCCAAAGGAAAGAUGACAAAGUUACACCUUUAAUAUUAGCAAUUGAAUGGAACAACUACAUGGCAGCGUGCUUGCCUUUAAGGCAUGGAGCUGAUGUAGAUGUCCAGGGUGGUGAUGGGUUCACACCACUGCACUUUGCAGUCAGUAAAGGUCACGAAAACCUCUGUAGAUUGUUACUUGAACACAACGCGAAUGUAAAUAUUCGAGAUAAAGAUGGAGAUAUUCCAUUGCUUCUGUGUGUCAGAGAGGGUAACGAAAACCUCUGUAGAUUGUUACUUGAACACAACGCGAAUGUAAAUUUUCGAGAUAAAGAUGGAAAUACACCCUUGCACCUGUGUGUCAGAGAGCGUAACGAAAACCUCUGUGGAUUGUUACUUGAACACAACGCGAAAGUAAAUUUUGGAAAUAAACAUGGAGAUACACCCUUGCACUGGUGUGUCAGAGAGGGUAACGAAAACCUCUGUAGAUUGUUACUUGAACACAACACGAAUGCAAAUUUUCGAGAUAAAGAUGGAGAUACACCCUUGCACCUGUGUGUCAGAGAGGGUAACGAAAACCUCUGUAGAUUGUUACUUGAACACAACACGAAUGCAAAUUUUCGAGAUAAAGAUGGAGAUACACCCUUGCACCUGUGUGUCAGAGAGGGUAACGAAAACCUCUCUAGAUUGUUGCUUGAACACAACGCGAUGCAGCGACAUCCUAAGUUUGAACUGAGUUCUGCGCAAAAAGCUAUCGAAAAAAAAUAUACAACAGGUGUCGCUUCCGUUCAAGGUGCAGUAAAACUCAAGUCUAAUCUCCAAAGGGAGAAAACACUGGGGCGAAACCCCUCGUAUACGCAUACAACAUUGGAAACAGAGGAACUGUGGGAAACCCCCAAAGGAACAAAGGAAUUAGAGAACCGGAAGCUAAACAAGUGA